AUGGGCAACUUCACCAUCGUCAAUGGCCAAGUCUACACGCCAGGCCUGGCCAUCAUUGACGCCCCACAACCAAACACGCCGCUUGGAGGAGAAAACCUUCAGGUUGCGAUCGACGUCUCAGGGAAUGGCAAGCUCCCCUGGCCACCGUCCACGCAAUCCGCUGAUUCACCGACCCUCUUUCACAACAUCACCCUUUUCUUGACCUCCGAAACCCUAUCGCACAAUUUCACCAUCUCCAAUGGCACCGAGCCGGCGAAUAAUGGCACUGGCUAUGUUGGACCCGUGUUGGAUCAGGAACCUUCGUCCACAGUGAAGCAUGUCAACUGGGUCUGGCCUAAGUGCCUCGUUGGUGAUGGUACGAGCAGCGAUGGAUCGGCCCGCGGCGCGUACAACAUUUCCAUGCAUCAGUCUUUCCGCUGGAAUGGCAGCGACUAUUAUACGGUGUUUGACUUGCCCAUUUCGGUGACAAAUAGCAUCUCGGAGAGCGCCGAGCGGGUAGACUGCGCCUCCCUGGAGAACAAACUCCUCAACAUUGCAGAGGUUGAGAGGAGUUCCGACACGCUGCCAGGACAGCCAUGGGUUCAGGCGGGAGCGAGCACUGAAACUAGCACUGGGUCGAGCGCAUCGUCGACGAAGACGAGUGCCGCGGCGGGUGUGUUGAAGGACAAAAAGAAGUCAAUGAUGCUUCUUGCGACCGUCGGAACGGCCUUCAGCGUGUUCCUCCACGCGGCGCUGUGA